UCAUCCAAGAUGGCGGCUGUGAUUGCGCCAAUUUGUUGUUUCCAAAGAAUCGUUCUUUACGAGACGAAAGCUAGAUUUUACUUGGUUGGCUCAAACAAUGCCGAAACCAGAUUUCGUGUUUUGAAGAUUGACAGGACGGAACCGAAAGACCUUGUGCUUUCCGAUGACAAGGUUGAAUAUAACAGACAGGAAAUCAAACAAUUACUCACGACAAUUAAUGCUGGCAACAUUAUAAARACCAAUAAACCAUAUGAAACCAACAGCAAAGGGCUUCAUAGAAGUAUUGCUGCAUUUGGAAUUCUAGGAUUUGUCAGAUUCUUAGAGGGAUAUUACAUCAUUCUUAUUACAGAGAGAAGAAAGCAAGCUCAGAUAGGAGGUCACACAAUAUACAAAAUUGAAGACACUCGUAUGAUAUCAAUACCAAAUGAGGCUAUAGUACCCAAGAUACAGCAUCCAGAUGAAUCCAGAUAUGUAAAGAUCUUUCAAAAUGUUGAUCUUUCAAGUAAUUUCUAUUACAGCUAUAGCUACGAUCUUACACACACCCUACAACACAACAUGGCACCUCUACUGAACCCAAACUUUGCAGCUGAUAGAAGAAAUGGAUUAUGGGAAUCUUGGAGGUGYUGCACAUGUGAAAAUAACAGCAAGAAUUCAGRACUUUUAAAACAACAAAACCAAGAAAAAAACUCAMCUUGUACUGACUCAAAUGAAUGUUCUCAUGAAUGUAAUGGAAAUGUGAAAGAUUGUGACAGUGAAGAACUCUCAUUUCCAAAUGGCGAAGCUCAAGUUGGCAGCAAUAGUGAAUCMAAGUGUUYAGYCAAUAGCAAUCUAUAUAUGGAGUCAAAAACUUCUGAUGAUUYAAAUAAUAGUUCUCAAAAAGAUGGCAAUAGUUGCAAAGAUGGUAGUAAAUGUAAUUGCAAUUCCUUGCCUGAAAUGCAAAAGAAAACAACAUCUAAUCCAUUUAAUAUWUGUCAAAGUUGCAAGAAGUUCAAAASRAAAGCCAGCAAUAGUUCUAGUARGGCAUACAUGAGUAAAGCAUGUUACAAGUUUGUUUGGAACAAGUAUUUUUUGAAUGGAUUCGAAGGAAAGGUGCAUUCAGAUUGGGUGCUGCAUAUCGUCAAUGGUUUUAUYGCRCAAAGCAAUAUCUGUGUUUAUGGCAAGCCUGUCUAUGUAACUCUAAUAGCACGCAGAUCAGCAGAGUUUGCAGGAACAAGGUUUCUUAAGAGAGGAGCUAAUGAUGAGGGAUAUGUYGCUAAUGAAGUAGAAACAGAGCAGAUAGUCCAUGAUGCUUCAGUCCUGUCAUUUCAAAAUGGMCGUUUUACAUCAUAUGUGCAGCUAAGGGGUUCUGUACCAACCUAUUGGUCUCAGGACAUGAAACAAGUCAUGGUUCCUAAACCACAGAUUAAUGUUGAUCGUGCUGAUCCCUUCUGCAAUGCAGCUUCUAAGCAUGUUAAUAAUCUGUUAGARAGGUUUGGUGCUCCAUUGGUUAUACUCAAUCUUGUUAAAAAAAGAGAAAGGAAAAGACAUGAACAAAUCCUUAGUGAGGAGCUCCAGUCUGUUGUUGAGUACCUUAAUCAGUUCUUGCCUGUAGAACACCACAUCAAAUACAUUGGAUGGGACAUGGCGAGGUCCAGGAAGAGUAAGGAUCUUGCAGUAAUUGAAAAACUCACAGCAAUUGCAGACCAAGUUUUCAAGACCACAGGAUUUUUCCACAACUGUUCUGACCUCUAUUGUAACCAGGUCAGGAAAGAUCCAAGAUGGGACAACAUGGGAGGCUUGCUGUGCAAUGGGGACACAAGUAGUGGAAGAGCACAGAAUGGUGUACUACGAGUGAACUGUGUUGACUGUCUGGACAGGACCAAUACAGCCCAGUUUAUGGUUGGAAAGUGUGCCUUGGGUUUCCAGCUCUAUUCCUUGGGAGUGAUUGACAGUCCAUCAAUGGAGUUUGAUUCUGAUGCUGUCAGGAUCCUUGAAGAUCUCUAUGAAGCACAUGGAGACACAUUAGCUUUACAGUAUGGUGGYUCACAACUUGUGCAUGGGAUUCGAACCUAUCGCAAGGUCUCUCCAUUAACAUCACAUACGCAUGACAUCAUGCAGACUAUAUCCCGUUACUAUAGCAAUGCCUUUAAUGAUGCUGACAAGCAGCAAGCAAUAAACAUAUUCCUUGGUGUGUUUGUUCCCCGUGAAGGAAAGUCUAAUGUCUGGGACAUGAUGACUGAUUAUUAUCUUCAUCAUUCUUCAACAUGUAAUCUAAAGGCACUAAAGAAGAGACCAUGUUAUACAUCAUGGCUAGAUGAGAAGGUCCUUAAUGCCCUUCCAUACCCUGCUUGGGAAGGUUAUUGUGUUGGGUCCUAUCAACCAAGUCAGAAUGACAAGGACAGGAUGUGUCUUGCUUGCCCAGAGUCAGUCACAAAUGAGGAGAUGGAUAUUUUCUCUGAGUUUUACCGACCUCAUGUUUUCACCAUGUUUGAUACUAUUUAUCCACUGACCAUGCAAAGGUCUUGCAAAGACUUUAUGCCAGCAGCAAGCAACAACCAUUCACCUUUCAUAGUAAGAGAUCUGUACAAAGCACCAACGUAAGUGGACUAAGUGAUGAAGCAGUGCCAUCAYCAUCAUUUAGUAAAAUUUGUCAUUAUUUUUCAUUGUCAUCAUUAUUCUAGAUCAUAUUAUAAGCAAAUAUUUGCAGGCCAAAAGAAAACUAAACAAAGAUGUGUGUGUUUUUCAUAUGUGACAAGGUCAAGAUUACRUCAUUACAUCCAUAAUUGGCAAAAUUGCAUGAGCGAUCAUGUUUGUAAUAAUGCGUGUUCUUUACAACUGUCAAGUAAAUCAGUUCUGCUCAAGAUUYGGUCAUGUUUGGUUGUGUUAGUUUUCUCUCGGUUUCUCACCAAAUAAUUGAAGUGAACCUACAGGGGAAACAACUAUUAAAUAAUUCAUUAUUUCCUACCGAUUACCCAUAAWUGGGGUUGAUAUUUACAAUGUUACUAUGAUUAUUAUUUCAUAUGUCACUCUGGUAGUYGCCGAAGAGUUCCYGUMCGUAAGGAUCUGGCAGCAGCCCCCGGUAUACCUGCUGAUGAUAGUAGCUCAGAGGAUGGAAGCUCCGAUGAUGAUAAUCUCACUGCAACAUCACCAAAGAGUGAUUCCUCACAUGUUAUUUCCUUUGUCUCAUUCCAGGACCUAAUGCCAUCAAUGAAGGAGGUAUAUGGUGUUGAUUUGAACGAGCCGAAUACUCACGACAAAGACAUUUAUGAAAGCUACAGUAAAAUCAGUAAAGAUUCUGAAGUAAACAGAGGAAAACAAGUCAAGAGYGUCCAUCAUGUGUGGAAAGCACAUCAACUAUUUUCCCAUGAUUCAGUGCGACAAGUGAAGCUUCCUUCAGUGGAAAGUAACUCUGUUAACCUCUACACAGGCUACACUCAAACAAAUCACCAUGGCAACCUCAACAUUCGAUUGAAUAGUCAUUCUAUAAACUUAUAUCGAGAAUUUGCAAAUCACUACCAGAAACCUUUAAUUGAGGCAUGAUUGUCCACAUAUAUAUAGAACAUUUAUAAGCUAAAUAAAAUUGUGUAAUACUUAAUUUGAGGUAAUGAAACAAUAGAAUGUCUUGGYGUGAUGUCAUAAUUAUAAAAGAAGGCCAUUGAUUGGUUGUUACAUGUCAGUCAGUGGUAGCUUUGAAGACUAGAAGGCUACUGCAAAGUCUAAUUAUUUCUUUCACAAUAAUAAUUAAAAUAAAUCAAUUUAAAUAAUUAUUUUUGUACACAAUAUUUCAUUAUACAAAGGUUUUCCUAAAAUGUCAUGAUUCUAUUAUUCAUUUUUUAUUAAUAUUAGGAAUAAACUAAAUCAAUUAUUAAAUAAUUAUAUCAAAUUAUUUAUCAAAAAUAUUUCACUUAAAUAAUUUUAAUUAUAUCUUAAGCAUAGGCAAAUAUGGAAUUUUAUAAUAACUAAAACUAAAAUAAGUAGAGUGCAUGCCAAAAAACCAUGAAACAAUUCUUAACUAUCAACAUCUAAAUAUAAGAUUUAGUUAUCAACUAACUAAGAAUUCACUGGGGCAUGAACACAAUGCCAGAAAGGAAGCUUAUCUUUGUUUAUGCCUCACUAAAUUUUUAGUUAGUUGAUAACUGAAUCUUAUUAGGUGCUAAAUUACUUAAGAAUUGUUUCAGGCUUAUGGGGUGCACUCUAUUCCACUGUCAUGUUGGCUGGAAUAUAUUUGUCAUGUUUGAUUUUUAUAGAGAACGAAUUGUCGAUAUAUAAUAUAAAUUAACCUUGUCAAAACAAAGGCCAACAAAUCCCCAGUACACUAUGGACAAUAUUUAAUUUGCAAGUUAACAGGCAGAUACUAACAUUUAAUUAGAUUAAAAAWUGCUAAUUCCAGGAAUUUCAAAAAGAAUUUAGAUGCACGGAAGCAGUCCAACAAUGGAYAACUUUAAAAUGGGAUUGACUGAUUUUUAACGCUACAUUAUUCUAUCAAAGACACGCAAAAUAAUAAUGAUUCAGUGGGUAAUGCAAGUCAGUAAUUAUAAUGAAGAUGGACAGCUUUAUUAUUACCCAAACCAACAAGGAGGCUUAUUAAAUUUUAAAAAAUUGCGCAUGGAAGAAAAUUUUUUCUGCUUACUUUAGGUGAAUUGAUAUCACUUGGAUGUUAAGAUUUCACACCUUCAUUUGGUCAAAUAGACCUCUGAAGCUUUUAAUGUCAUAAAUAUUAUAAUGYAUAGUGCACAAUAAAUAUGAUUGUUGCACUUCUAGAUAUGUUUUGGAAGGGAUUAACGUCAUGGCAGCUUUCUUUUGUUUUGCCUAAAAACUGACCACAAUUCAUUGCAAAUCAAGUACCGGAAGGUGACAUAAAAGCUUUUGAAGUCUAUUGGCCUCGAACAAGAUUAACUUUAAUUUAAUUCUUAUCCAUGCAACUUUAAACAUUGUUAUUUGCUUCCUGGUCAACAAGUGACUACUUGCUACUACUAAGUAAUAAUAUCCUUUUGAAAACUCUAUAAAGAUUUGGUAGAAAUAUGAAAAAUGUUAAUUGUUAUAAUACUUUAUACAAUGUUCAUACUGUGCAGGAACUAUUUAGCAAUAAACCUUUAACUUCAAUAUU